AUGGAGCCUCCCUUGGUGCAUCAGCGAAGUGGUGAUGAGAGGCAUCCCAAGCAGCUCUGGUCAGGGCUCUGGCUCCCCGAUUCAUACCCACGGGAUGGUGGUGGACCUGCUGCGCGCGGUGAUUCAGGGUGGUGUGGGAUGGAGUCCGUGGAAGACACAAGGGGUCACAGAGUGAGGGGGUUUGUGGGGGGACGGAGUAUAUCGGAUAAUAUCUUGCUAGCACAGGAGAUGAUGGGAGACUUGCAGCGUGCUUCUAGGAGGCGGUGUUUGAUGGCUGUGAAAUUGGAUAUGGAGCGUGCUUAUGAUCGGAUCCGCUGGGACUUCCUCAGGCGUGCAUUGGAGAGCUUUGGAUUCCAUCAGACCUGGAUUGACUGGGUCCUUGGCUGUGUGCAAGGGCCUAGUUUCUCCAUCUUAGUCAAUGCUUGCGAGGACCAGGGGUUGGCUGCCUAUAGUCCAGCCCCUGGUGCCCGGUCCAUUUCUCACUUGUUGUUUGCAGACGAUUGCCUGCUGCUUGCCAGGGCGAGAGCGAGGGAUGCCCGGACCUUUCAGAGAGUGUUGACUGAUCCGAGCACGGAGCGGAGGGUGCGACGGGAGAUCAGGGGGAUAUUGGGGAUGCGAGAGCUGGAGGGGGCAUUGGACUAUCUUGGAGUCCCGAUUACUGGGAGGAGGCUGCGGGUGACAGAGUGCUCCUCAUUGGUGCAGAGAGUUCAGAGUAGGCUUGAGGGUUGGAGGGCCUCAUCGCUUUCUAUGAUGGGCAGGCUGACGCUGGUCAGGUCAGUGCUCUGCUCCAUGCCGGUUUACAUUAUGGCUCACACAGUUGUGCCGAAGACGGUGCUGGUGGGGAUUGAGCGGCUUAUGCGUAGCUUCUUGUGGGGCUCCUUGGGGAGGGGCCACGGGGUGCAUCUGGUAGCCUGGGAGAGAGUUUGUCUGCCUCUGAGCGAGGGUGGCCUGGGGGUACAGUCACUCCUGGCGAGGCGAGAGGCACUCCUGGCGAGGCGGGCGGUGUAG